AUGGCGAAGGAGAGGAUCAAGAAGAAGUAUGAGGACAUGAAGCGGGUGCUGGACGAGGACCUGCGGAUCACCCUGGCCCAGCUGGACACGGAGCACGAGGCCACGGAGAAGGUGGUGGAAGAUAAGAUCGAGGACUGCUAUCACCUCACUCAGGAACUGGACCAGCUGCUGGCCAGCAUCAGCACUGUGGUGAAAACACAGCAGGGUAACAUACAGAUGGAUGAGUUCAAGAACGACCAGCUGCUGAGUCUUACCAUCAAUCUGCUGCUCUUCAUCAGAUCCCAGGUUCCCGUCACCAAGAAGCUGUUUCAGAGCUAUGCAUCAGAUGUUGUCCUGGACGCGGACACUGCCCACCCUAAGCUGAUCGUCUCUCCUGAGGGGGACUCGGCCACGUACACAGAAACCUGGCAGGACGUCCCGGAGACCCCCUCCCGCUUUGACACCACCUUAAACGUCAUCAGCCAGAGCGGGUUCAGCGACGGCCGCCACUACUGGGAGGUGGAGGUCAGCGGGAAGACCUACUGGGAGCUGGGACUGACCUACCCAAGCAUCCCCCGCCAGGGCCGCGAGGAGGACUCCUGGCUGGGCCGGGGCAAAGAGUCCUGGUGCGUGGAGUACUUCAACGGAGACUACACGGCGUGGCACGGGGGCGUUCGGCACGAGCUGCCCCUGCUGGCGGGGAGACAGUUCACCCGCAUCGGGGUUUUCUGCACCUUCCCCGGGGGCCUGGUGUGCUUUCUGGGUGCCGAUACCAUGACACCCCUCCACUGCUUCUGCGCCGGGACCUUCACCGACAGCCUACAUCAGGCUUUAUGUCCCGGUCACGAUAACGAAGGCACAAACUGGAAGUCUCUCAAAGUUUGUGACGCCAAACGAUCGCCUCCUGUUCUGUGA